GGGUGCAGAUCACGUGACCUCGCGCUGCCUCUGAAGCUAACGGUUGAGCGGAGCUUACGGUGUUCUGAGUAGCUUCCGGACCGGACCGGACCGACCUGAUCAGUUUACCUACGCACCCACCGCUGGGAGGAUGAGCUAAUCUGUGGAGAGGCGUUCAGGCUCUCAGGUAGAUCUGGUUAGCCUCACCUGUGCAGGCUCCAGGUGUUCAGGUGUGCUCAGCAGCAGGAUGCCCUUCCCUCCCCCUCCUCCUCCACCAGGGGGCCCCCCGCCUCCUCCCACCUUCAGUCAGGCCAACACCUCCCCUCCCAAGCUGAACAGGGAGGAGGUCAAAGGUCGUGGCGCCCUGCUGUCGGACAUCUGUAAAGGCACCAAACUGAAGAAGGUGGCGGUGGUGAAUGACCGCAGCGCUCCUGUGCUCGACAGUAAGACUCAAACACCAAAGAGCCAAACACCUCCCACAGACCACCCAUACAUUCGCUUAUACCAGUACCUAAACCAGCCCAGGCAGCAGGGGGCGCUGUCUGAGGAGGCCAGGAAGACGGCUGCAGAACCCAGCGGCUCUCCGUCCCUCCACAGCGAUGAUGUCAUCGGAGCUGCGUGGGAGCAGCCCAAAGGAGGCGGAGCCGCCGCAAGACCCAAUGGCAGCGCAGCAGGAAGUCCGUCAAGUUCUGCCCCUCCAAUCGGAGGCCUGUUCCCGGGCGGAGUUCCCAAACUGAAGCCAGUCGGAGACUCCUCCUCCUCCUCGGGACGCUCUCCUUCCUCCCGACACGCAGCGCCCCGCCCGCCAAGCCAUCGCCACGACGACGCAGAGAGCCCCUCCCCUCAGCCGUCGCCCGUGGAGACGUCUCGAUCUCAGCGGCCUUCGCUCCCCAACCUCUCCUCCUCCCCCUCCCCCUCCUGCCCCUCCUCUGCAGCGUCCUCCCCCUCCACCGGCAUGAAGCACUCCUCCUCCGCCCCUCCUCCCCCCCCUCCCCUCUAUCGCCGUGGUACCGCCCCCUCCCCACCCUCCUCCUCCUCCUAUAACAGGGAGAAGCCCCUCCCACCAACGCCCAACAACACCCCGCCUCUCCCCUCAAAGCCUCCCCCCUCUCCCAGCAACAGCCGACGGCCCCCCACCUCCGGGGGAAACCCCGCCUCCUCCGGCUCCUCCCUGGCCCCGCCCCCUCCGCCGUACCGCAUGAACGGCCCAACAGGGGGCGCCGAGACGGCACCCGAGCUGCCGCAGCGCCACAACUCGCUGAGCAACAAGAGGCCCGCCCCCUCACCUGGAGGCCACACCCCCACCAGAGGCCCCGCCCCGCCGCCUCCCCCGGCGUCUCCCACGCCGUCCCAGCAAGGAGCCGGCAGGCCGCCUCCCGCCGUCAGAGAGCCACAGACCAGAGGAGCAGCUCCUCCGGUUCCCGCUCCGUUAUCGGCAUCAACGAGGCCCGGCGCCAGAGAAGCUCCGCCUCCUCCUCCGUACAGGACGCACGGUAGCCCCUCCCUCUCCUCGGACCCCCCCUCCAGAGGGAAACCUCCUCCCCCGCCCUCCCGCACCCCGGCCGCUCCCCCUCCGCCUCCCCCUCCUCUCCGUAACGGACACUCCUCCUCCUCCUCCUCCAUCCCGCGGUCGUUUGCUGACGACUUUGAGUCCAAGUACUCCUUCCACCCCCUGGACGACUUCCCUCCUCCAGACGAGUACCGACACUUCACCAAGAUCUACCCGAGCAAAGCCAGCAGAGUGAUGAGGGGCGCUCCUCCUCUUCCUCCUGUCGGCAGGUGAACCUCCAGCUCCUCCCCGCUCACACCUGCUUCUUCAUCCUGUUUGUCCAUCUCCACCUCAUCUCCACCCGCAGCUGAUUGGCUGAGAUGUCCGACUGAACGACCAAUCAGAGAGGCCUUGUGGAAGGUUUGGAUCAAAGGAGCGCAGCGUCUUCCUCCAUGUUCUGGGUUUAUGUUUGCACCGGCACUUUUAGUUUUUAUCGGCACGGAGUCGGCGCCAGCGGCCUUCCUGGUGGUUCUGUUAACCAGAACGGGUCGCUGCCACGAUCCAUGUGGGUUCUGGAGGCUUCAGACGGAGGACGAAGAUGAAAUGAAGCUUUUCUGUUGAUCAAUUAACGUUUUUAAUGACAGGAAACUAAACGAUUAACUCUGGAACUCUGAUCCUUUAAUCACUCACUGACAGAACCACUAAUCCACAGGACCCGGACCUGAGAACAGGCCGGGUUCUGGAUCUGCUGGGUCCACAAACUGAACUGAGAUCAGUUUCUUGGAUUAAAAACCUGUAAAUAUUCACCUGCAUCAUCAUCAUCAUCAGCUGACCCACUGGUCCAGAUGGGCCGGUUCUGGAGCCGGUCAGCUCUUUAUGUGCCAACAUGGACCGGUGAGACCCGUAGAACCUCAGCGGAGGUCAUGUGGUCGAAGUAUGAAGGAGCACCGACGGACCGUUUCAUAUCUGUAAAUAUUUUCCCAUGAUUCACAGCAGCUGGUCAGGGGCGCCGUUUGGUUCUGAUUGGGUUAACCAGGCGGUCCGAAGCGUUAACGGCGUUAAUCUGGGUCUGAGAAGAUGAAGCUGGUUGCUUCGCUGUGAAAAGUUAUAUCAGAGUAAAUUAUGACCCGUGAGCAUCAGAACCGUCCAGAACCGUGACCCGGGUCCGUCUUUAGGGAUCUACAGUGUCUUCUGUUAGAGAUCCAACUAGUUGAACCGAACCCUCAGGUCCAGGUUCUCCAGAACCACCCAGAGCUGAAAUCCCAUGGGAUGGAAUGAGAGUGGGCGUGUCUGUCUGCUCUCUGGGCUCUGAUUGGUCAGAAAACAGGAAGUCCUCCAGCAGUGGGAGACAGAAACGCCUACGAUCGGAUGGAGAAACUGUUUAAACCCAGAAGGUUCUGAAUAUUUUACCGGGUCAGAACCUUCCUUUCUCUAAGCUGAAAGUUCUGGAGGGGAAUCUGAAAAACUAAAUUCUCCAACUUAAAGAUACAUAGUCGCAUUAUAUGCCUGAACUAAAAAGACCAGAAACUGUUUGAUCACGAUAGACUGAGGGGAUAUAGACCAGGCCUCCAUCCUGACAGUCUGAUGGUCCUUUUUGAGCCUAAACAGAACCAGCACUGGGCGCGAUGACCAGAUAUAAACAGAUGUGGCGCCAUCUACAGGCAGUACCCCAGAACUACCAUAAUACCCGUUUGCUUAAUUAAUAAAUCAGUAUUAAAUAAUGUCAGACUAAGCCUGACCCUCUGCUACGCCUCGCAGUAAAGCAGCAGCUCAGCGUGAUGAAGACCGUUAUUAAUAAAUAAACCGAUCUGGGCCUCAUACUAGAACAUCACAGAGAAAGAAAAUUCCCGUUAAUAAACAGAAACAGGGAAACAGCAUCAAGGUAAAAACCAAUCAAUCUACUUAUAACGAUGUUUUUACAUUGCUGUCACUAUUAUCACAUCCAUACAGACUUUUACUCACAUGAGUUUUAGCUUCUGUGGUCACACCAGCGUCAGACUGGAUUCCCAGAGACAUUUCAGGCUUUUCCCUCCUGGAAUCACAUAUUUAUGUUUCUUUUCACUGGAUCUUGGCCUUUUUUCAUUGUAUCGCUGGGAGAUGCUAAUAGCCGUUUUAUCCCCUGCUGCACAUGCUCAGUACGUACAUCGGCUGUUAUAAACACUAAAGGCUUUAUUUACUGACAAAUCGAGCAAAAUAAAAGCAUAAAAUACCAAAAUAACAACUAAUACACCAGCAGGAUGUGAUAAUCUUUCAUAAAAACUGCAACCAGAGUGAUCUGCUGACGUAUAAAUUAGAAAAAAGUCAACGUGGCUAUGCACCUUUAAGCUAUUACUGGGUCAGGUUCCGUCUAACUUGCUGUGACCCGAUGGCGGUUCUGAUGGAAAAGAAGGCUGAGCUACGGAGGUCCAAACAGGACUGGGUUUAAUUCCUUCUUCUCAGGAGAAUCUGAUUUAUUUGGCAGAUUUUAUAAAACGUUCCGGUCCACUUUGUCCUGUUCUGGUGUUUUGACCCGGUUGGAGGAGAGUUGAGCUGAAAAAAUCGGUUCUGCUUCUGCACUGCUGCAACUUUUUCUCUCAUGAUGAAGAACAAAGUGGGUCAAACCAAAAGGUUCUGAAGUUCUCCUGAUCGGCAGGAAAAGGUUCUGAAGUUUAAUUUGUGCUGAAAUGGUUAAAAUGGUCAGAAACAUUUGAGUCAUUAAAAUCCGGUCGUUACAGAAAUGAGACGAAAUGUUCUGAGUAAAAUGUGAAAGUGUCACAGAACGGUUCGGACCUCGGUCCAGUUCUCUGUAAGCCGAGCCAAGAAGAACCUUUUCUCUAUUUUACUAAUAAAGAUGUUAGAAUAUUCAAAGCUUUCUGGUUCCAGCAGGAAUAAAAGUAAAACGUGACGUUUGGUUUUCUCUGAUUUAUGCAUCAACACUGUGGCGUUUUCCUUCUAUUAGUGGUUCUGGUUCUGGUUCUGUAUAUACGUGUAAUGAUUGUAUCCUGAACUCCAGGCCUGUUCCAACAUGUUCUCCCUGAUAUAUUUCUGCAGCUGUUCUCUGCAUGCAGGACGUUCUGCUGUCCGGUUCCGCUGCGGCUUUAGUCUUGUGAGCAGGCGGACCGGAACCGAGCUGGACUCUGGUCUCUGCUGUGGAGGCCCGCCGCGCUGCCCGUGGCGCCGGGCGGUCCCGGGUCAACUGGUCUGAAUAAACGGCUCACCGACCCGUCUGGGUUCUGCCUGCAGAACCUCUCGGCUGCUUGCUUCCCUUCUCGUUCUCAGCUUCCAGACUAAAGCGUUCAUAUUCUGAUUAAUCCUGAGAGUUGAAGUCUUCAGAUUAAUUUCUCUGCACACAGAUUUAUUAACCUUACUGUUAUUUACUUUGCACAUGUGAUUUAAAUUUAACAAUAAUUACAAACACAGUUUUUUUAUUCAAUAAAGCUCCGCCUCAUCAGUAAA